GAAAACAGCCGUUUUAUUCAAUUUUAUUCAAACCAUCUAUAUUUAGCUGGUACAAAACAAUGUUAAAACGACUGUUUUCGACUCGCCGUACGGCCGCCGUAGAACAAAUGUGACCGAGGUAUUAGACGCCUUUGAUAAAAAGAAAGAACAGCAUCCAAUUGCUACAAUACGUUUUACAGUCUUGUGCUUGAGUGGUAGUCAGUGUAACAUCGUUUGGAAAAAAAAUGAUAUCAAGUCACGUACCGCAGUAUCAACGAUUUUUCACAACCUUCACAAAAUGAGUAAAAUUUGAGAUGUAUUUCUUGUUUCUAGCCGUGUUAGCGAUAAACAAUACCGAGACAAAUAUGACUAAGGAAUUGAGCUAAUUGGCAACGUCGCAGGUAUGGACGUAGACGAGCAACACCCUCAUGGCUCCCAGUACCUGAGACGCAGAAAACCAAAGAAAACACUAUGGCAACUACUGCGUCUCAACGCAGCUGUCUUCGGUGUAGCCUUCGGAUAUGCAGUUGCAACAUCCCUCGCUACUCCUCUGCUCCUUUCCCUUGGUCUCUCGAACCAGUUGUUCGGGAUUGGAUGGCUUGGAGGACCAGUCAUGGGGUGCUUCAUCUCCCCUAUCAUCAUGGCUACCAGUGAGAGAUGCAGGAGCAGUUGGGGACGCAGGAGACCGUUUCUUCUUGUUCUUGGUAUGGGUCUCAUCGUCGGGGUUGUCCUCUUCCUGAACGGAAGAGACAUUGGAUUCAUCAUCACUGACGACACACAAGACAGAUUGGCUUGUAUUUUUCUGACUGUCUUUGGUCUUGUGCUCGUGGACUUCUGCAGCAACGCCAGUGACAUACCAUCAAAGGCCUACCUAGUCGACGUAUGUAACCAGGACGACGUCAUCACAGGAAUCAACAUCCGAAUAAUCUUUUCAGGUCUUGGUGGCGGGGUCGGAUACAUCUUCGUAGCCAUCGAUUGGAUGUCGACAUCUGUCGGGGGAGCUCUGGGUAGUCAACUACGCGUCAUCUGCCUGUUCAACGUCGCCUUCCUGACGAUCAGCCUGGCACUUACACUCUUCAGCAUUCCCGAGGUGGCACACGAACAACAAACGAACACGUCAAUGAUAUCUACGCCGGCUUCAUACACUUCUUAUGAAUAUAACGACGACGAACACUCACAACCAUCGUCAAUUCGAAAUACAUCCAUACAUGUUAACAUAAAUGUAGAUGAAAGACAGCCUUUACUUGGCGAAAGAAACAACGUAGCUCAGUCUGAUCUACCCCCACCUGAAUGUCCCCUAAAAAGGAACGCACGAUCUAGAAAAACGGUAAGGGAUCACAGUAUGCGUGGAUAUGAUGUGGAUCGGUUUAAGAAAUCGGCUGCAAGAAAUCCCGAGCCAUCUCAUUUAGAGUUCUUCCCCAAUGUAGACAGCAAUGACGCUCAAAUACACGAAAACUGCGCUGGAGGUCCCUCCAGGGUGUCAGCAUCGAGCACAGAUAACGGACUCAACGUCGAUGUCAAUUGCGACGUCCGUACGGAUCGUUUUUCCAUCGCCAGAAGUCCGGCUGCGAUCUUACCCGUGACAUCGACAACACACAGUAAUGCAUCCAGCCAUGGAAUUAGCGUUGUGGCUCAAAGCAGUAUUGCUUCUGAUGACGAGAGAAUGUGGUCAUCGGAUGAGAAAGAAUCAAUUUCCGUCAAACAUUUGAUGAUGUCAGCCAUAUUCAUGCCAUGUGAUCUCCGAAAGUUGAUGUUCUGCAAUUACAUCUCUUGGAUAGCCUUCUUAACGAUGCUUCUAUACUUCACCGAUUUCAUGGGCUGUACUGUAUAUCUUGGUGAUCCCAGCGCCUCUUCAAACUCCACAGCUUACUCCAGAUAUCAACAUGGUGUACAGAUGGGAUGUUGGGGGCUGUGUGUAUUCUCAUUUUCCGCUGCUAUUUCUAGCCUUGUGCUCAAAUUUCUCGAAAAACGCUGGAGCCUGCGAACAAUUUACGUGUUUGGUCAACUCAUUUACGCCGUCGGUAUUGGGUCGAUGUUCCUGACAAUCAGUUACCCAUUCGUGACCAUCUCUCUAUGCGUGACGUUCGGAAUCAAGUUAGCUGUAAUCACAAGGAUACCAGAAUGUAUCAUCGCAGCCUAUCAUCGCUCUGAUAAGUUUAAAAAUCCUGAUGGUGGCUUGGUUCGCAGUACGUCGGGUGAUCUGGCUGGUCUGGGAAGUCAGGUCCUAUUCGCGCAAAUCACGGUCUCCACGCUGCUCGGCCCCAUCAUCCAUUCGACCGGUACUCGACUCGCCCUCGUCGUCUUUGCUUCAUCUACAGCCUUUAUUUCGUCUAUCCUCUCAGCUUGUUUUUUAAGUUACGAGUUAUGAUUCUCGAACAGUGUUUUGGUGGAGAGAGCUAGACAUUUUCAGCAUAGCUGUGAAGAUAUAGUUAUUGCAUUUUAAACAUUUUACUCGAGUCGCCGUUAAUCAUCAAAAUAAAAGAAAUAAUCACUAUCGGUGAAUAUAAUGGGACAAAGUCAUUUUUGUCGGUUUGGACAAAGUAAGAGAUUGUGUGAAUUCACUUUAUUUUACUUUAUUGGAAUAAUAAUGAAUGAAUGAAUGAAUGAAUCUUUAUUUCGUUUCAAUUCCGAUAUCAAACAACAACAAUAACAACAGUAAAUUAUUUCGAUACAAGUAAAUAGGAAAGAACAAAAGUAAAAUAAUUACAGGAUAAUAUACAUAAUACAUGCACUGCUUUUUAUGGAAAUGAAACGUGGUGACCUACUAAGAAGCUUAGCUUGUGGGCCAUAGGCCACCAGAAUGUUAAAAACUUACAUUAGCAAUCAUUUAAAACAUCAUAGAACAAGCAAACAAGAAAUUGGAGUAAAUAACCAAAGUACAGAUAUACAUAUUUACAAAAGAUACACUAAAAGUAACAAAAAAGUGAAAUGCAAACAUUCUAUAAGACCUAGAGUAUAAAAAUCUGAAAUUCGAAAAGAAGAAAGAAAAGAGGAAAAAAUAAAGAAAAUACGCAGAGCUCUAUUUUUGCAUAGAUAAUUGUGGGAAGAAUACAAUUUAUAAAGUUAGACGAGAUAUAACAAGCAGGCAUUCGUUUACUGAUCUAAAUAUUUCUUCAGUAAAUCUGUCUUUAACUUGUUUCUAAAAACACUAAGGCUAACUGAUUGCUUCAAUGAAGAAGGAAGGGAGUUCCAUAAUUUUGGCCCUGAAUAAACAAAUGUAUAUUAGCCGAAAACUAGCUUUGACCAAUGGCAAGUGGAGAAAAGAAACUUGUCUUGUAAAGUAAGAAUGGAUUUGGUAAUUUCUAACACAUAAUGAAUCAAGGGCAAGUGGAAGUUCUCGUUUAUUCAAAUGAUACAUAAUGCAACCGAGGUUGAGAUCAAAUAUGUCAUGUAAAUUUUAGGAACUUGUUUUCAUAAAACAAAAUAUUAGUGUGAGAUCGUGAACUUACUCCACAAACUAGUCUAAUUACCCUUUUCUGGACUUUCAAUAGCCCAUCUAAAUGAACUUUAGCAGCGUUACCCCAGGCAAGGAUGCAAUAAUUCAAGUAAGGCAAAAUGAGAGUUGAAUACAACAUGCAUAAAAUAUUUUUUGGGAAUAUACUCUUCAAUGAAUUAA